AUGGCUUUCUUGUCCGAGAACUCUCGCCGUCAAUCUCUCAUUCCAAGUUUCCUAUAUUCUUCCUCUUUGACUUCCAAUAAAGUAGCACUUGACAAAAUGGCUAGCAACUCAAACCCUAGCUUCUCGCCGUCGCCGUCAUCACCAUCGCCAUCUGCUUCGGCUCCGAACAAGAGCUUUAUGAUUCCGGCGCCGAGCGAGCCAGGCAAAAUCGAGAUGUACUCUCCACAGUUCUACGCUGCUUGUACUGUUGGUGGAAUACUCAGCUGCGGUCUGACUCACACGGCCGUUACUCCUCUCGAUCUCGUCAAAUGUAAUAUGCAGAUUGAUCCAGCAAAGUACAAGAGCAUCUCAUCUGGUUUUGGAGUGCUACUUAAGGAACAGGGAGUCAAAGGUUUCUUCAGAGGAUGGGUGCCUACCUUGCUUGGUUACAGUGCUCAGGGUGCCUGCAAGUUUGGAUUCUAUGAAUACUUCAAGAAGUACUAUAGUGACCUUGCAGGACCAGAAAAUGCAGCCAAAUACAAGACUCUGAUCUAUCUUGCUGGUUCUGCAUCUGCUGAGGUCAUUGCAGAUAUUGCACUCUGCCCCUUAGAAGCUGUGAAGGUUCGUGUUCAGACACAGCCUGGUUUUGCUAGGGGCUUGUCUGAUGGGCUUCCUAAGUUUGUGAGAUCUGAAGGUGCUCUUGGGUUGUACAAGGGCCUGGUUCCUCUUUGGGGACGUCAAAUUCCAUAUACAAUGAUGAAGUUUGCAUCUUUCGAGACUAUUGUGGAGAUGAUUUACAAGCAUGCAAUCCCUACACCUAAAAGUGAAUGCAGCAAGCCCUUGCAGCUUGGUGUGAGCUUCGCUGGUGGAUAUGUUGCUGGUGUUUUCUGUGCUGUCGUAUCACAUCCUGCUGAUAACCUUGUUUCUUUCCUCAACAAUGCCAAGGGUGCCACCGUUGGCGACGCUGUAAAGAAGCUUGGUUUAUGGGGUCUCUUUACACGUGGACUUCCCCUUCGUAUUGUCAUGAUUGGAACUCUCACUGGGGCUCAGUGGGGUAUCUAUGAUGCUUUCAAAGUUUUUGUUGGGCUGCCAACAACUGGUGGUGUUACUCCUGCACCUGUUGCCACCGAACUUGCAAAGAGGAUUGUCCAACCUUCCCCUUUGCUAGAGAUUGCACCUCAGUUUCAGCCAUGGGAGAAGUCAUGGCUUGCUUCCUCUCCAUUUGAUGAACGGGAUUCUUUGGGACAUUGGUUUCAUGGGACACUGAACUAUCAGUCAUGA